ACAUCCCGGUCAGAUUGGGCCGGGAGGUCAGUCGGAAGCCUCCGGCUAGUGGCGACAAAGGACCUAGGUCCGGGUAGUGGGCGCUGCAGGAAUCACUCAAAAGUGGGUCCCCUGAGCUCGGAGCCACUGGGUAUGGGUACCGAGAAUGAAAGCCCAGAACCGGACUACCAGAAACAGUUUCAGGCCGCUGUCAGUGUCAUUCAGAACCUGCCUAAGAAUGGCUCUUACCGCCCGUCCUAUGAAGAGAUGCUGAGAUUCUACAGCUACUACAAGCAAGCUACCAUGGGACCCUGCCUGGUCCCCCGGCCCGGGUUCUGGGACCCAAUUGGACGAUAUAAGUGGGAUGCCUGGAACAGCCUGGGCAAGAUGAGCAGGGAGGAGGCCAUGUCUGCCUACAUCACUGAGAUGAAGCUGGUGGCACAGAAGGUGAUCGACACAGUGCCCCUGGGCGAGGUGGCAGAGGACAUGUUUGCUUACUUCGAGCCCUUGUACCAGGUGAUCCCUGAUAUGCCGAGGCCCCCGGAAACCUUCCUGAGAAGGGUCACAGGCUGGAGAGAGCAGGCCCUGAAUGGAGAUGUUGGGGAUGCCCCCGAGCCUCCCUGCCUCCCCAGGAAACCAGCACCCCCAAGUCCAGAGUCCCAGCCACCUAGGGACCUGGACUCUGAGGUUUUCUGUGAUUCCUUGGAGCAGCUGGAGCCUGAGCUGCAGGUGUGGACGGAGCAGAAGGGAUCCCCUGGAGGACAGCCUGACACCCGGACCAGCUCCAGGCUCCCUGAAGAGAGAGAGGGCAGCGUGCUGGGGCCCCAGGAACUGGACACGUGGCUGGCGGGAACAGUUCGGGCACUGCAAGAAAGCAUGCGGGACGUCCAGGCGAGACUGCAGAGCCUGGAGAGCAUGUCUGGCCUCCCGAAGCAGCAGAGGACCCCGCCCAGUGCCCGGCCACGGCCCUUCAGGCUCUCGGGUCCCACGCUGCUCUUCUUCCUCCUGUGGCCCUUCAUCGUCCAGUGGCUCUUCCGACAGUUUCGGACCCAGAAGAGGUGACUCUCAGUGGAGGGGUCUCUGCAGCCAACUGAGGUGGCUAUGAGCCCCCUGUCCUGCUGUGCCCUGAGCCUUCCUAGGGUUUAGGAGAGGAACAGCAUUAACUCUGUCCCCCCAACCAGUUGUUUGCCUUUGCACCGCUCCCGUAUUGGGCGGGGGGCGGGGGGCAUUUAAGAGCCCAUCCUCCCCCGCGACUUCACACGGACGCGUUUCCCCUCCCACCCAAACACCCAGGUUCCCUGGGGAGGGUGUGGGAGUGGUGCACGUCCCCGCUUCUGGGUUGGCCGUGACUCGGAGGCGGGGCUGCCCGGUCUCAGCCUCUGCCCUCCCCUCCCUCUGGGUCACCUGACUCUUCUCCCACCCCAGCUUCUCCCGGUGGAGGGCCAGCUCUUGGGCAAGUUGGGACUUGGGCUGGGACCGGGAAGAAUGAUUGGCUGAGAGGCUGAGGGAGGGAGGCCAGGAGGCCCGGCCGAGUUGGGGGGAGGGGAGUGAGCUCCG